AACAGUAGCCUAGCUAGCUGGCUGCCGUCGACUCCAACUGGAUACAUGCAAUAUCGAUGGAUACAAAUAGAUUUUCGACAUGCUUAAACUGUGUACAUGUGAAGUGUACUGUUGAGAGUGCAGUGACAACACAGUCCGUAACAUGCGAGCGAGAUUAAGAACAAGAUAUUAGCAAAGUGUGCGUCUUUAACUAACAUCUAGCUAGGAAGUGCACUAUCCAAUUUAUGGUGGCUUUGUUGAUCCAUUUGGUGUGUUUCGUCCUCGUCUGUAUUGAGGGGAAAUGAAGAAGUUCAAUAUCAGAAAGGUGCUGGACGGCUUGGGUGCUUCAUUUUCCGCUGCAUCUCCACAACCGGGAACUAGUCAAAACGAUGUGAUCCAAGAGACACUACAGUCGGAGCAUUUUCAGCUCUGUAAGACUGUGCGACAUGGCUUCCCUUACCAGCCCUCCUCCAUGGCCUUUGACCCUGUGCAGAAGAUUCUGGCUGUCGGGACUCAGAGCGGAGCUGUGAGACUUUUUGGCCGUGCGGGCGUGGAGUGUUACUGUCAACAUGAGAGUGGUGCAGCUGUCAUUCAGCUCCAGUUCCUGGUCAACGAGGGGGCGCUAGUCAGUGCCUUAGCUGAUGACAGCGUUCAUCUGUGGAACCUGAGGCAGAAGCAGCCAGCUAUCUUGCACACUCUCAAAUUCAACAGGGAGAGGAUCACAUUUUGUCACCUGCCCUUCCAGAGUAAAUGGCUGUACAUUGGCACAGAGAAAGGAAACAUCCACAUCGUCAACAUUGAGUCCUUCACACUCUCAGGCUACGUUAUCAUGUGGAACAAAGCCAUCGAACUGUCCUCCAAGUCACACCCUGGGCCUGUGGUCCACAUCAGUGAUAACCCUAUAGACGAGGGAAAGAUUUUGAUUGGAUUUGAAUGUGGGAGUGUUGUGUUGUGGGACCUGAAAUGCAAAAAAGCUGACUACCGCUACAAUUAUGAUGAGGCUAUCCACUCAGUAGCCUGGCACCAUGAGGGCAAACAGUUCACCUGCAGCCACUCAGAUGGAACUCUGACUACAUGGAACGUACGCGUCCCUGCCAAGCCUACAAUCACCAUCACACCACACGGUAAGCAGCCCAAGGAUGGAAAGAAGCCAGAACCAUGCAAACCUAUCCUUAAAGUGGAGUACAAAACGACAAGAGCUGGGAAUGCCUUCGUGAUCAUGUCUGGAGGCCUGUCCUAUGACACAGGGUGCAGGAGAGCCUGUCUGACAGUGAUGCAUGGGAAGAGUACUGCCCUCCUGGAGAUGGACUAUCCCAUCGUAGACUUCCUCACGCUCUGCGAAACACCAUAUCCAAAUGAUUUCCAGGAUCCUUAUGCCGUAGUUGUCCUUUUGGAAAAGGAUUUAGUUGUCAUCGACCUUAGACAAAUUGGAUACCCAAUAUUUGAGAACCCAUACUCUCUGUCGAUCCACAAGUCUCCAGUGACGUGCGUAGAAUAUUUUGCUGACUGCCCUCCUGAACUCAUACCUGCACUUUACUCUGUUGGCUCCUGGCAAAAGACACCGGGUUACAGUAAGAAGGAAUGGCCCAUAAGUGGUGGCAACUGGGGCCAAGGCACACUAAGCUACCCUGAGAUCAUUGUCACUGGACAUGCUGAUGGAUCAAUCAAUUUUUGGGAUGCUUCUGCAAUAAUGCUCCAAGUACUGUACAAGCUGAAGACUGCCAAGGUGUUUGAGAAGGCUCUAAAGGGCGGUAAGGAGGAGAAGCCGAGCACGGAGAUAGUGGAUGAGGAUCCCUACGCCAUCCAGACCUUGUCGUGGUGCCCAGAGAGCAGGAUGCUGUGUGUGGCUGGAGUCUCUGCCCACGUCAUCAUCUAUAGGUUCAGCAAACAGGAAAUAACCACUGAGGUGGUGCAGCUGUUGGAGGUGCGUAUGCAGUGUGAGCUGGAUGUUGUGGAUUCUCCAGACACUGCAGGAGAGCGUCCUCCCACCCCAUCUACCCCAGUACACUACUCCUGCCCAACCCAGGAGGGAGACCCCCCUGAGACCCAGCCCUCCACAACUGAUGACGGGCCCCGGGAUAAUGUACCAUGCUUCAAGGUCCGGAGCUCCCCUCUGAAGCAGUCUCCUGGUUACCAGGUGGAGCUGGUCAUUCAGCUGGUCUGGGUUAGUGGGGAGCCACCCCAGCAGAUCACCAGCCUGGCUGUCAACUCCUUAUACGGACUUGUGGUGUUUGGCAACAGCAAUGGUCUGGCUGUAGUGGACUACCUUCAGAAGAGCCUCCUCCUGAACAUGGGCACGUCAGAGCUGUACAGUCCCUCAGACCCCUACCAGAGACAGCCUCGGUCGCCUCGCAAGAAACGACAGCCAUCUGGAGCUCUCAGUGAUAACAACAAUGGAAACAACGCUUUGGAAGAGAAAAGCAACAAAUCACCAACGUCAGUAGGCUCUACGUCACCCACCAAUUCAGACGAUGAACACAAACAGGAAAGGUUCAUACAGAAGGUGAAGUCCAAAAGCAGGCGGUUUUCCAAGACGGUUGCCAAUGACUUUGCCAAGAUGUCAAGGAAAAUUUGCUCACCUACAGAGCAAAAGACAGACCUGGAUGCCAAGGACAGUUUGUUCAGCCGCUCGAGGAGCUCCAGUGUGACCAGUAUAGAGCGGGAGUCCCGCGAGGCCAUCUCCUCCUUCCACUUCAGUGAGAGUUUCCCCAGGAAGACAGACAGCAGUGGCAGCCCCAGCCUGUGGGUGGGCACUACCCAGGGCACUGUUCUGGGUCUGGCUCUAAGCCUGCCACCCACAGGGGACCUGAGGCUUCAGCAACCUGUCAGAGUAUCAUCUUGUGGUACUCUGGUCAGACUUAAAGGAGGUAUCCUGACCAUGGCUUUCCUUGACUCCCUUGGGGCGGUCCUCCCCCCUUCCUACGAGCCGUGGUCAGAGCCCAACCCUCCGGACGAGGAGAAGGAGAAGGCGAGGCGGCGCAGGCCGGCCUCUCCACCCCCCACCCAGGAGGGUCAGGACAGCCAGUACGCUGUGGUGUGCUCAGAGAAACAGGCCAAGGUGGUGGGCCUGCCCUCCCAGUCCUGCUUCUUCAAACACAACAUCACAGAGAGCUCCUUUGUGCUGAGAGCUGACGUGGUGCAGAUGGCUGCAGGACUCUGCCUCGCCUGCUUCUGUGCUAAUGGACACAUCAUGGCUCUGAGUCUACCCAGUCUCAGACCACUCCUGGAUGUGAACUACCUUCCCCUGACAGACAUGAGGAUAGCCCGGACCUUCUGCUUCUCCAACCUGGGCCAGGCCAUGUACCUCACCUCCCCCACCGAGAUACAGAGAAUCACAUACAGCCAGGAGACCUGCGACAAUCUACAGGAAAUGAUGGGAGAGUUGUUUACACCGAUAGAGACACCUGAGGCUCCUAACAGAGGUUUCUUCAAGGGCUUGUUUGGGGGAGGAGCUCAGUCCCUGGAUAGAGAAGACCUGUUUGGUGAGACGGCGGCGGGUAAGGCGUCUCGUAGCCUGGCACAGCACAUUCCUGGGCCCCAGGGCAUGGAGGGUAUGAAGGGAGCAGCCUCUGGGGUGGUGGGGGACCUGGCCCGUGCCCGGAUAGCCCUGGACGAGAGGGGGCAGAAACUGGGAGAGCUGGAGGACAGAACCGCAGCCAUGAUGUCCAGCGCGGACUCCUUCUCUAAACACGCUCACGAUAUGAAGCUGAAGUACAAAGAUAAGAAGUGGUAUCAGCUCUGAUUGCAGCGAGAGGAGAGAGUGGGACUCAGUUGUCUGCUCGCACCACUUCAUCUACAGGAGAUGCAGCUCCUCUUCUUCAUCUCUCUGCAGGAGGAAGUGUUAUCUAACAGACUGAUGCCUUCCUCCUAGCAGCACAAUAAAACACUCUGCAUUACCUCAGUCACCUGGUUACCAAUGAGGAGGAGUAGACUAACAGACAGACUGACAGACUUAGAAGGAACAGAGGAGGAAAGUUAUUCUGAAUGUUUCUUUCUAUGUCAUCUGAAAGAGAUUAUGUUCAUUUCCUUAACACACCAGAGGAGAGGAGACUAAAUGUAUGGGGGCUGCUCCUGUGUUUUAUCAGUCAUGUUCUCAGCUGCUUUGUUGUCCAUGAGGUAAGAUAAUUCUACUCAAAAUGAGCACCGUUAGGUUGCCUGUGAUUACCUGUGCAGUGUCCAGGUGAGGUGAUGCCUGCUCUUCAGUGUCAACCAAUCGCGAUGGACCUCUAAGGGGAGUCUCCUGUGUGUGGAGGAAGCUCCAUGGAAACCACAGUCAGUGGAGCCAGCUCUCUGCUCUUGAAGUCUCAAUAUCUAUAGCAAUGGUUAUGAAAGGAUGAAUCAGUGAUUGAUUCACCCCCUCUGUGUUUUGUCUAAAGUCCUUUUUUUCUACUGAUUUGUGUCGUCUUUCAUGCAAGUCUUCAUUUGUCAUCUUUAUUUGAGACCGUUUUUGUUUUUCAGGAGUCCAUCCAAGCACUUAAUUAACCAUGAGUUUAUUGACCAAUUUAUUUACCAUGAGUUCUUAUCACACCAUCAUUAUAACUUAUCUUUUCUCCUACUUACAGUAGGCCUGGUUAUACGUUAUUAUCACGGGUUAGUUUUCCAAUCAGAUUUGUUUUGAAGCAGGAAGUAAUACUAUACAGUUCCCAUGUUUGUUUGCUGAAAGGUAAAAGUUGAACUGGUUAUCAUGGAGAGUAAGUUAUCAGCUGUUGCGUGUGCCUAGUGAAAAUAUUACAGGCUCUUACUGAACCCACUAGACAAAAUUAAGUCGACAUUAAUAUGACCAAAACGGGAAGGAUUAGUAUGUUGAAAACACUUUGCAGCUGAUGCUGUAUAUAGUUAUAUCAUACUAAUAGAGGUAUGGCCAUAGAAUGAUGUCAGUGCCAGCUUUGUAUUUUUGUUCUGGACUCAUGAUUGGCUGAGACAGAGUCGAGGUUAAUGUUCUGGGCUUUUGAUUGGCUGAGAGAUAGAGUUGAGAGUAAUGUACAACGGAAUAGGGUGAAGUUGCACCUAGAUGCUGAUCUUGGGUCAGUUUAGCAUUUUCCUCACUAAUGGUUAGGAUUGGGGGAGGGGUUCUAGCUGAUCCUAAGUCUGUACCUAGGGGAAAACUAAAGGCCUACAACUCUUCCUCAGCAUACUAAACAAUGUGGUGAUAUUGCAGUACUGUAUACAGGUUGGAUUACUCUCUGAGUCGUCUCACAAUCCUUUGAGAUACUGAUUCUAAAUCUGACAAUUUGAUUCAUUCCACUCAUGGCUUAUUCAUUUUAAAUAGUUUUUCAUGUUUAGAAAAGAAAGCAUGUCUGUUCCAUCCCAAGGAUACAGAUAUAAGAUAGCUGUCUUUGUAUUCGUAGCGUCAGUUGAAGAAGUGACCAAGUACCACUUGAUGUGUGGUCAAACAUUCAUUGGUCAUUAUUCUCUGAAUCAACCGCUAUCUUACAGACAACUCUCUUCCGCCUUUGCUUAUCAUGACGCGUAUAUGCUAACCUCUACCUAUGUAUGUGUAUAUCUGUGUUUGUGAACGUACAUAUAUUCAGAUAUGUGUAUGGGCACAUAUUUAUACUUACAGUAUAUAUUUUUCCAUAAUGGUGUUUUUCAGCGCGAAUUUUUUUUAGCCCCGUGCAAGGAGAUGCUGCCAUUUGAGUUGAGGUAGACGCGUUUAUCUUAUGUUCUUUAUUUUCCAAAUGAUUUUCCAAAUAAAAGACUACAGAUUGUUUUCACCCCAGCCAAAAGCUGUAAAUAAAUGAGUAGUGCGACAAGACAACUGGAGACACAUCUGAUAGUGUUGGUUCGGGGAAAAUGACACAGUGUCUGUCCCAAAUGGCACCCUAUUCAAAAGUAGUGCACUACAUAGGGAAAAGGGUGCCAUUUGGGACUCAGAGGAGACAGGUCAGCAGCCAUCUUAUUUUCUGACGCCAAAGAGUUGCUUAAUUAUACACUGUUGUCUUGUUUGUCCAAACUCCAACAGUCUGUCUGGAUGUGUUAACUCUAUAGACCAUACUGUUUGGAAAAUGGUGGAGCAGCUUCUCCAUGCUUGUCACUCCCUAACCUUGUAACUUGCCACAUUACAUCAUGUACCUGUGUGCAGAAGACCCAGGAAAAGUAGAUUUUCAUUUGACCGGAUGUGUUAUUUCUCGUACUACUGAGCUACAUAUAUUGUAAAGAGCUGUUGUGUGGUUUUGCACUGUUUCGUACCUUGAACCACUUGUUUGUUUGUUUUGUUUAUAUUUUUCCUUUUUCUUGUUUAUUUCUCUGAGGGACCAAAACAUGAUGGAAACGUUAACCGUGUCAUUUCCAAGUAAUAUACAGACUUGCUUCA